AUGUCUUUCUUGCCAGCGGCUCUCGGUGCCCUAGUUGACGAGCUCAAUACCUCCGAGACCAUCAUUAAUAUGUCCGUCGCCUUGUAUAUGCUCUCCAUGUCCAUCUUCCCGAUCUCGUGGUCCGCCUUUUCUGAAGAGUUUGGCCGCCGAAGCAUGUACCUUGUCUCCUUUACCCUCUUUAUCGUCUUUAUCGUCUUUUCCAUACUCUGUGCCGUGAGCACCAAUGCGCCUAUGCCCAUUACUUUCCGCCUCCUCGCAGGCGGCGCUUCGGGCAGUGUGCAAGUCAUUGGCGCAGGUACAAUUGCUGAUAUUUGGGAGUCGAACAAGCGAGGCCGCGCCAUGUCUCUCUUCUAUUUGGGACCUAUGCUUGGGCCCCUUCUCGGCCCGGUUCUUGGUGGUGUUUUGACGCAGCACUUGGGGAUCUUUUUCCUGCUUCCAGUCACAUUGGCUCGUGAGAAUGAGCCUACCGCGACACGAGAGCUCACGCGUUUGUCCACUCGAGAGUCUAUCAGGGCCAAAAGUAGCGAGUUUACAAAAUCACUCAAGCACUACCUAAUCGAGCCUCUGAGCGUCCUCAUGCUUUUACGCUUGCCUCCAGUCUUUCUCACAGUAUUAAUCGCCGCCAUCGCAUCCUGUUCCGUCUACAUCCUCAACAUUGCCAUCGAAUCCGGUUUUGCUGACUCCCCGUACAACUUCAACCAAACAACUGUAGGAUUGGCAUAUAUGAGCACCGGGCUAGGGUACAUUCUUUCGUCCAUGGUCGGUGGCCGCUGGAUGGAUUCCAUCAUGUCAAAGGAGGCUCGCAAGGCUGAGAGAUAUGAUUCGCACGGUAAACUUAUUUCCUUACCAGAAGAUCACAUGAAGGAGAAUGCUUGGGUAGCCAAUAGCUUGUAUCCUCUCUCAUUACUAUGGUUUGGAUGGACAAUGUACUACGGGGUGCAGUUCAUGGUACCUAUCAGCGCGCUUUUCGUCUUCGGUUUCUCCUCGAUGCUUCACUUUAACCUCGGUACAACAAUGCUCACGGAGUUUGUGCGUAAACGUAGCUCUGCCGGCGUCGCUGUCAACAACUUCGUUCGAAACAUCUUGAGCUGCGUCGGCACUAUAGUUGCCGCCCCAUGGAUGAAGGGUGUAGGCGGGGGCUACAUGAUGACAACAUUAUAUGUUUCUGUUAUGUGGACCUUGACAUUGUGUUAG